GCGGGUGAGGACAGUCUCGGAUCAGGCGUGCGUGCCCCCGACGGCCCAGCAGGCAACGCGCAUGCCGACGCGCGCAGAGAAGAUGGCCCGUGCGGAGAGCGGCACGCGGCGCGACCAGCCGGCGUCGCGCUGGCCCGGCCUGCUGGCCGUGGCAGCGCUGCUGACGCUGCUGCUGGCGGUGUACCUGUACCCGUACCUGACGGCCGAGCCCCCACUGCCCGAGCUGGCCGACACCUGGUGGCUGAGGUCGCCGCGGCCCGACGUCGAGGACACGACCGUGCGGCCCUUCAGCAUCACUUCCCCGCCCGGCCUCAUGGACGACAUCAGGGCCCGUCUGACGAAGGCGGAGAGUCGGCUGACGCCGCCAUUGGAGGGCGCUGCCUUCAACUACGGCUUCAACAGCGACUACCUGCGAGAGGUGAUGGAGCACUGGCGCACCAAGUACGACUGGAACCGGCGGCUGCAGCACCUCAAUCAGUUCUCCCAGUUCAAGACAAACGUCAACGGACUGGACAUCCACUUCAUCCACGUCAAGCCCAAGGUACCGAGUGACGAGUACCGGGUGGAGCCGCUGCUGCUGUUGCACGGCUGGCCCGGCUCGGUGGUCGAGUUCUACAGUGUGCUGCCGCUGCUGACGGCGCCGCGGCCCGGCCAUCGGGUGGUGUUCGAGGUGGUCUGCCCGUCGCUGCCCGGAUACGGCUUCUCGUCGGCGGCCGAGCGGCCCGGCCUGGGCGCGCCCGAGGUGGCUGCCGUCAUGCGCAAGCUGAUGCAACGGCUCGGCUUCGAGCGCUUCUUCGUGCAGGGCGGCGACUGGGGCGGCAUCAUCGCCUCCCACAUGGGCACCCUGUUCCCGGAGCAGGUGGCGGGCGUGCACACGAACUUUGCCGUGGCGGACACGUGGCGGAUGCGGCUGCUGAUGGCGCUGGGCAGCAUCGUGCCAAGCUGGGCCGGCUCCGAGUUCUUCACCAGCCGGCUGUACCCGCUCGGCGAGAAGUUGGCCGUGCUGGCGCGCGAGACGGGCUACGCCCACCUGCAGGCCACCAAGCCGGACACAGUGGGCGUGGCGCUGUCGGACUCGCCCGCCGGCCUGGCCGCCUACAUCCUGGAGAAGUUCUCCAGCUGGACCGACAUGACCAACGUGGCGCGCGAGGACGGUGGCCUGACGCGCCACUUCUCGCUGGACGCGCUGCUCGACAACGUCAUGGUGUACUGGCUGAGCGGCAGCGUGACGAGCUCCCUGCGGCUGUACGCCGAGACGUUCGGCCGGCGCGUGGCGGCCAUGCAGCUGGACGCCAUCCCGUGUCGCGUGCCCGUCGGCCUGCUGUACGCGCCCAACGAACUCAUGCUGCUGUCGCCGGCGAUGCUAGCCGGCAAGUUCGUGGAUGUGGUGGCGGCGCGCCAGCUGGGGGACGGCGGCCACUUCCUGGCCAUGGAGCGGCCGCACGAGCUGGCCGAGCACGUGUUCGUCACCGUCACCGCCAUACGGCGCCGCGAGGAGCUGCAGCUGGAGAAGCAGCGGCAGGCCGAGCAGGAGAAACAGCGCCAGCGGGAGACGGAAAAGCAGCGACAACAGCGGGAGAAGGAGCAGCGGGAGCAUCGCGCCCAUCAGGACAAAGAGAAGCAGAAGCAGCAGCAGAAGCAGCACAAGCAGCACAAGCAGCAGAAGACAAAGCAGUAGUGAGACAAAAAUGCGAGAUGAGUAGUCUCAUCACCAUCGAUCACCGACGGACCCAUGGGGAAGGGAUCAAUAUUUGCCAUGAGACCGGACGGAAACUCCUACCAAAGGGUAAACUAUGGCCCGCUUAUUUAAUCGCGCAGAUAAAGCGUCGCGUUGCGCAAUGAGGGGCUGGAGAAAAUCAAUAGAACGCCCAGAGGCGAUGACGCUUCAGCGUUAAGAACGACCAUAGCGAGUGAAACAUGUAACGAACUGUUUUUGCAGCCAGGUAUGCUAACCACGUCGUUUUGCAAUCUGGCCACACCUAAACACCGUGUCACGUUUUCAGCAAA